UCGGGCCCGGCCGCUUGUUGAUAAUAUGGCGGCGGUGGCUGCCCGGGCAUCCCGCGGAGGAGGUGGUGGAGUCCACCCCCGGAAGGGUCUGUUUUCGGGCUAGUGCGGCGGCUCCUGCGGACCCGGAAGUCCCGGGCCAGUUGCUGAAUGAGGGGAGCCGUGCCCUCCCCGCGCCAGUCCCCCCGUGCCCUGCGGCCGGACCCGGGCCCCGCCAUGUCCUUCUUCCGGCGGAAAGUGAAAGGCAAGGAGCAAGAGAAGACCUCAGAUGUCAGGCCCGUUAAAGCUUCAAUAUCUACACAUUCCCCACAAAAAAGCCCUAAAAAUCAUGCCUUGCUGGAGGCUGCAGGACCAAGUCAUGUUGCAAUCAAUGCCAUUUCUGCCAACAUGGACUGCUUUUCAAGUAGCAGGACAGCAACGCUUAAGAAGCAGCCAAGCCACAUGGAGGCUGCUCAUUUUGGGGACUUGGGCAGAUCUUGUCUGGACUACCAAACUCAAGAGACCAAAUCAAGUCUUUCAAAGACCCUUGAACAAGUCUUACACGACACUGUUGUCCUCCCGUAUUUCAUUCAAUUCAUGGAACUUCGGAGAAUGGAACAUUUAGUUAAAUUUUGGCUAGAAGCUGAAAGUUUUCAUUCUACAACUUGGUCCCGAAUAAGAGCACACAGUCUAAACACAGUGAAGCAGAGCUCACUGGCUGAGCCUGUCUCUCCAUCUACAAAGCGUGAAACAUCUUUUGUAACGGAGUCUCUUGAUAAGAGAUUGGAGGAUUCUAGCUCAGCCCAAUUUCUUGUAACUCAAUCAGAAGGAGUUGACCUGAAUAAUAGAACUACUAUUCAGAAUCACUUGCUGCUUUCCCAGGAAUGUGACAGUACUCAUUCUCUCCAUCUUGAAAUGGUCAGAGCAGGUACUCAUCACGUUUCCAUGGACACCCAAGAACCCUCUUCCAGACUUACAGUAGCCAGUAGAAAUAGUCCCUCAUCUCCACUGAAAGAAUUAUCAGGAAAACUAAUGAAAAGUAUAGAACAAGAUGCAGUGAACACUUUUACCAAAUAUAUAUCUCCAGAUGCUGCUAAACCAAUUCCAAUUACAGAAGCAAUGAGAAAUGAUAUCAUAGCAAAAAUUUGUGGAGAAGAUGGGCAGGUGGAUCCCAACUGUUUCGUUCUGGCGCAGGCCAUAGUCUUCAGUGCAAUGGAACAAGAGCACUUUAGUGAGUUUCUACGAAGUCACCAUUUCUGUAAAUACCAGAUUGAAGUGCUGACCAGUGGAACUGUUUACCUUGCUGACAUUCUCUUCUGUGAGUCAGCCCUCUUUUAUUUCUCUGAGUACAUGGAAAAAGAAGAUGCAGUGAACAUCUUACAAUUCUGGUUGGCAGCAGAUAACUUCCAAUCUCAGCUUGCUGCCAAAAAGGGCCAGUAUGAUGGACAGGAGGCACAGAACGAUGCCAUGAUCUUAUAUGACAAGUACUUUUCCCUCCAAGCCACACAUCCUCUUGGAUUUGAUGAUGUUGUACGAUUAGAAAUUGAAUCCAAUAUAUGCAGGGAAGGCGGGCCACUCCCUAACUGUUUUACAACUCCGUUACGUCAGGCCUGGACAACCAUGGAGAAGGUCUUUUUGCCUGGCUUUCUGUCCAGCAAUCUUUAUUAUAAGUAUUUGAAUGACCUCAUCCAUUCAGUUCGAGGAGAUGAAUUUCUUGGAGGCAAUGUUUCCCUGACUGCUCACGGCCCUAUGGGCCUCUCCGAGGAGUCUCACUCAGGGGGUUCUGACAGCUCCACCUCUCAGUCUAGUAUGAAAAAAGCCAGUAUUAAAAUCUUGAAAAAUUUUGAUGAAGCAAUAGUUGUGGAUGCUGCAAGUCUGGAUCCAGAGUCUUUAUAUCAGCGCACAUAUGCAGGGAAGAUGACAUUUGGAAGAGUCAGUGACUUGGGGCAAUUCAUCCGAGAAUCUGAACCUGAACCUGAUGUGAAGAAAUCAAAAGGAUCCAUGUUCUCACAAGCUAUGAAGAAGUGGGUACAAGGAAAUACUGAUGAGGCUCAAGAAGAGCUAGCUUGGAAGAUUGCUAAAAUGAUAGUCAGUGAUGUUAUGCAGCAGUCACACUAUGACCAACCUUUAGAGAGAUCUACAAAGCUCUGACUCAAGACCAGAGAUAAGGGAAAUCUGCUUUUGAAAAAAGAGAACUUUUGUCCUUUGGUUGGAUUCUUUAACACAGCCAAUGAAAACAGAGCACUGUAUUUCUUUUCACUGGUAGAUCACUGUUGUUUCUAGGAAAGAAUGGAAGACAAUCCUAGACUUGUGUGAUUCCACCAUAAAUCAGAUAAAUAUGUAGACAUAUAUGAUGCUCAGUCACAAGAGUCACAAGACACAGAGUGGUAUAGUUGACAUUACUAGAUAAUUCAAAUAGUAGUUAUUCAUGGCAAUAACCCACUUGCAAGAUAGUUAUCCACUGGGGACCAUGUCCUGUGUGAGACCAAUAAACAGAAUUUGUAUGCAAAUGCAGUAGGAAUCUUUCCUAGCAGUCUCCUAAAACACAGGACAAGAGGUGCUUUGUUUUAUCAACAUUUGAGUUAGACCCACUGGGGACAGGCAGCUCUGAGUGGCAAUGUGAGGCCAGCAGCUUGUGAGCAAGUGAUGAGCCCUUGUACAGUCCUCCUUCACAGAGGCAUUAAUUUAGAAAGAAAAUGACAGGUCAUGGGCCAAGCCUCAGUGACAUUGUCCUCCUUGGUACAAUUUCACCAUUUCACUUGCUCCUGAGAUGUAGCAGCUUUAAAGCCAGUCUCUUCCAUGCUAACAAAAGGGUGAAUUUAGUUUGCUGUGAUCAUUAGUUACUCUGCAAGUUUGCAUUCCAGUUGCCUAAUUUCCCCUUUAGAACACAUGUGGUACCUGGAACAAAAUGGUUAUUUCAGGUUGUGCUUUAUUUUUUCAUAAAUGGAGAGAGAAGUACUCACCUUUGAGUGCCUCCCAAAUCUCUGCUGUGGGCAGAAAGGGUGUAGCUGUCUUCUUUAUAAUGUUGGGGACAGUGAGAGGCUCACGUGCUUCGCUGCACUUCUGCCCAGUCGACUUGUGCUGGGCCGGCACAGCUGUUGGCAGCCGCCCACUCGGCAAGGACACUCCACUGGCCACUUGGUGCCAGCGCUUCCUUGAUUGUUUGAAGGAAAAGGAAGUACUCUUAAGUGUUAAUUGCUUUUGCUCAGACCUUAUAAAACAAAACAAAAGAAUA